UUGUACCCCCCCUGGGACGGGUGAAUGGACGCGCCCAUAUCCAAGAUGGCUGACUUGGAGGGGAAGGCUUACCGCACCGUGGUGGACAGGUACUACACACCGGGCUACAGAACAGAUGUACAAGGGAGACAUCGAGAGGACCUGUGCAUAUUGCAGCAUUCUAACAAGGUCUGUAUUGUGACACUGGCGGCCUCACAUCCACUGAUGGCUGAUGGGAAGACUGUGGCCAGGGUCGAUUUCCAGGUCACAGAAAAGGUCAAUCGGCUGGACAACAAGGUCAUCGGCAAGGGCAAGAGGGGUGCCCAGUGGCUGCAGGAGUCUUCCCCCUUGUGCCGUGUGACCUGUACAGACAACACAGAGUUCACUCUCUACAGUUGCAUCAAAGGCAAGCUGGUGGAAGUGAAUGAAAACCUGAUCAACUCACCUCAGCUACUGACAGAGAAGCCGUCUUCAGAAGGCUACAUCGCCAUCGUACUUCCAAAGUUCGGCGAAAGCGACAAAGAGAUGGCCAGACUACUGUCCCAACAACAGUACCAGGACGCGCUGGAACGCAGGGGACGAGAAGCCACAUCGGAGGCCCGGGAACGAGACUUGGUCCAGGCACGGUCCAAGAUGGAGGAGGAGGAAAGUAGCUCAAGUACGGAUCCUGGGAAAGACCAGGCGGGGGGAAGUAAAGAUUCUGGCGACGAGCCAAAUCAAAAGAGAGCAAAGCUAGAAGUGACGGAUAAAGAACAACCAUCUUCUUAGGCUUUUACUGUAUUCUCAACUAUGAUUUCAGUUGUAUAUCACUCUGCAUCGACAAGACGUACUUCCCAUACUUUCCAAGUAGCUAGGCCCCGUAAACACAACACCAGUCACGGUUAUACGUAUUUUUUGUUUCGUAUUUACGUCCCAAGCAAAAUGAUGUCGCCCUGUGACUACUUUUUCAAUGUUACGACUGAAAAAAAGGUGAAAACAAAACAUACUUAUACGGGCUUGAAAUGAAAAUGCUGUGCGUUCACCAAAGUUUAACCGAAGGAGGGUAGUUGUACGAAAUGUUCAGGAUGAUACAUGUAAUCAUGUCUCUACAUUUUCUUAACUUACGGUUAAUCCUGGUUUAAAAAGUAACCUACAAAAUUCUAGGAUCUGUAAUUGCGUCCAAUGUGCAAUGGGAAUUGACAGUAUCGUAGUCUACAUAGGACUAAGGACGUCCAAGGACGAGAUUAUGCGAAGAAAGACUGUCCUUGGUUUCAUCUUCUUUAACUUCCAGGAAGGGGCCGGUGUAAUCACGUGUCAAUCACGUGGACAGCGAGGGGCUAUGAAGCCUAUAGUUGUUGCGUAGAAGUGCGGUUACUUUUCCUCUUAAGGGUACGGUUUACGUAAAGCUGAUUUUUUGUCCAGAACUUCCACGAUCAUUUACACUGGUAAUUAGAUAUUACAUUGAUAAAUGGCUUGGUGUCUUGUGCUGUUUAUUUCUUGAGGUAUGUUGUCAUGGUAACCCUAGUGUGUUGUAUGUUCAUGCUGUCAGCAUGCAAGAGUGAGAGUAAGAACCUGUGACCAUGACAGCAGCGAGUGUUUGAAUGCCACAUUGCCACAAUGGUUACCCAUAACUUGUAGUUUACUUAUCAGAAGACCAACGAAUCGUUUUACCUCCAUGAAAUUACCUCAAUGAAAACUGGAGGUACUAUU